UGUGUGUGUGCGGCUUCGACUGAGAGAGCGGUGUAAUGAUAAAAGCCGCAUUUGCGGUACCCUCCUCUCACCUCAUAUAAGUCAGGAAAAAACGGAGAAACCGCCUUAUUUCGUUCCUCCUCGAGCCCUAGACUUAUCCACGUCUCGGAGAACAUUGUGAAGCACCAUGUCCAGGCCGUCAGGGGGCGGUGUUGCCAAUGAUGUCACCCGCUUCCUGUCCACAGGGGCGGUGCCAGGUUCGCCCACUUCCUCUACCCCCACUGGCCACGUAUUCUCCGCCUCCAGCCAAGCUGAUUGGGCGGCAAAGAGGCUCGUCUGGGUUCCAUCCGAGAAGCACGGUUUUGAGUCUGCCAGUAUCCGUGAGGAGCGAGGGGAUGAGGUGGAGGUGGAGCUAACAGACAGCCAGAGGAAGCUGACCCUGUCCAGGGAGGAGGUCCAGAGGAUGAAUCCUCCCAGGUUCAGUAAGGUGGAGGACAUGGCUGACCUCACCUGUCUCAACGAAGCCUCCGUCCUACACAACCUCAGAGAGAGAUACUACUCUGGCUUGAUAUACACAUACUCGGGCCUGUUCUGUGUGGUGAUCAACCCCUAUAAGAACCUGCCCAUCUACACAGAGUCUAUAGUGGAGAUGUACCGAGGGAAGAAACGCCAUGAGAUGCCCCCUCACAUCUACGCUAUAUCAGAGGCUGCCUACCGCAGCAUGCUACAAGACAGAGAAGAUCAAUCUAUCCUCUGCACCGGCGAGUCUGGCGCAGGGAAGACAGAGAACACUAAGAAAGUCAUCCAGUAUCUGGCUCAUGUGGCCUCGUCCCAUAAGACUGGAACUCUGGGUAGAAACAAGGAGGCCUCACAGAUGGAUGGCAGUAGGUCGUUGCCCCGGGGCAGUUCCAUGGUGAACAGGGGGGAGCUAGAGAGACAGCUGCUGCAGGCCAACCCAAUCCUGGAGGCCUUCGGAAAUGCCAAGACUGUCAAGAACGACAACUCCUCCAGAUUUGGCAAAUUCAUCCGUAUUAACUUUGACGUGGCUGGAUAUAUUGUCGGUGCCAACAUUGAGACCUACCUACUGGAGAAGUCGAGGGCGAUCCGCCAGGCCAAAGAUGAAAGGACCUUCCACAUCUUCUACCAACUCAUGUGUGGAGCUUCAGAGACCACCAGAGCAGACCUUCUCCUUGGUAGUGCUGACCAGUACAGGUUUCUGAGUGGAGGUGCUAUACCUGUUCCAGGCCAAAGUGAUGCUGACAACUUCACCCAGACCAUGGACUCUAUGACCAUCAUGGGAUUCACACCAGAGGAGUCUCUGUCCAUGUUGAAGGUGAUCUCUGCGGUGCUCCAGUUUGGGAACAUCUCGUUCACUAAGGAGAAGAACCAGGACCAGUGCUCCAUGCCAGAUGACACGGCUGCCCAGAAACUGAGCCACCUGCUGGGCAUCAGCGUGCUGGAGUUCUCCCGGGCCAUCCUCACCCCCAGGAUCAAAGUAGGACGCGAGUACGUUCAGAAGGCCCAGACCAAAGAACAGGCUGACUUUGCUGUGGAGGCGUUGGCCAAAGCUACAUAUGAGCGCCUGUUCCGUUGGCUGGUCCACAGGAUCAACCGGGCGCUGGACCGCAGACAGAGACAGGGAGCCUCUUUCAUAGGCAUACUGGACAUAGCAGGCUUUGAGAUCUUCCAGUUGAACUCAUUUGAGCAGCUGUGUAUCAACUACACCAAUGAGAAGCUGCAGCAGCUGUUCAACCACACCAUGUUUAUCCUGGAGCAGGAGGAGUACCAGAGGGAGGGCAUCGAGUGGAGCUUCAUCGACUUCGGCCUGGACCUGCAGCCCUGCAUCGACCUCAUCGAGAGACCGGCCCAGCCCCCUGGUGUGCUGGCCCUAUUGGAUGAGGAGUGUUGGUUUCCACGGGCGACAGAUCGUUCAUUUGUGGAUAAGCUGUCUGCUGAGCAGGGGACACACCCUAAAUUCUUCAAACCUCGACAAAUACGACAAGAGGCCGACUUCGCCAUCAUCCACUACGCUGGGAAGGUGGACUAUAAGGCAGAUGAUUGGCUGGUGAAGAACAUGGAUCCUCUGAAUGACAACAUAGCAUCUCUCCUCCACCAGUCCUCUGAUCACUUCAUCUCUGAGCUCUGGAGAGAGGAUAUUCAGACUCUUCCUCGAGUAUAUUUCUUUGACUCCUAUGCCACACUGCAGACCAAUGGCUCUGACAUGGAGAGGCCCGUAGGGCUGGACCAGGUUUCCAACGACACCAACAGUGGGCCGGUCAACUUUGGGGCGGGGCUGAAGACUAAGAAGGGGAUGUUCAGGACCGUGGGUCAGCUCUACAAGGAGUCCCUCACCAAGCUGAUGGCAACACUACGCAACACCAACCCGAACUUCCUCCGCUGUAUCAUCCCCAACCACGAGAAGAAGUCUGGUAAGCUGACUCCCCAUCUUGUUCUGGACCAGCUGAGGUGUAAUGGAGUCUUAGAGGGGAUCCGCAUCUGCAGACAGGGCUUCCCCAACCGCAUCCCCUUCCAGGAGUUCAGACAGAGGUAUGAGAUCCUGACUCCUAAUGCUAUCCCUCGUACCUUCAUGGACGGGAAGCAGGCCUGUGAACUCAUGAUCAGUGCGUUGGAGCUGGACCGUAACCUGUUCAGAGUUGGGCAGAGCAAAGUGUUCUUCAGGGCUGGAGUCUUAGGUCACCUGGAGGAGGAGAGAGACCUGAAGAUCACUGACACCAUCAUACGCUUCCAGAGCGCUGCCCGAGGAUUCCUCGCACGCAGGGCCUUCCUGAAGAAGCAGCAGCAGCUGAGUGCUAUGAGAGUGAUGCAGAGGAACUGUGCUGCCUACCUCAAACUCAGGAACUGGCAAUGGUGGAGGCUGUUCACCAAGGUGAAGCCUCUGCUGCAGGUGACUCGUCAGGACGAGGAGAUCCAGGUGCGGGAGUCGGAGCUUAAGAAUGCCAAAGACAACCUGACCAGAGUGGAACAGGACUACACUGAUCUGGACAAGAAACACAUACAGCUGAUGGAGGAGAAGGCGGUGCUGACAGACCAGCUGCAGGCGGAGGCGGAGCUGUUUGCUGAGGCGGAGGAGAUGAGGGCCAGACUGGUCAGCAGGAAGCAGGAGUUGGAGGAAAUCCUGGGGGAGCUGGAGGGACGAUUGGAGGAGGAGGAGGAGAGGGGCGUUCAGAUGACCAAUGAGAAGAAGAAGAUGCAGCAGCACGUGACGGAUCUGGAGGAGCAGUUGGAGGAGGAGGAGUCGGCCAGACAGCGCCUCCAGUUGGAGAAGGUUACCCUGGAGACCAAGGUCAAGAGUCUGGAGACAGAGAUGCUGAGCACUGGAGAACAGAGAGACCGCCUCAGCAAGGAGAAGAAGCAGCUGGAGGAGAGGUUGAAUGAGGUGACAGACUCACUGACUGAGGAAGAGGAGAAGACCAAGAGUCUCAACAAACUGAAAAACAAACAGGAAGCAGUCAUUGCUGACCUGGAAGAUCGGUUGAAGCGUGAGGAGCAGGGUCGUCUGGAGCAGGAGAAGUGGAGGAGGAGGAUGGAGGGUGAAGCUGUGGAAGCCCAGGAGCAGCUCUCUGACCUGGGACUACUGUCCGCUGAACUCAGGGGCACCCUGGCUCAGAGAGAGAAAGAUAUCACAACCCUACAGGGGAGAUUGGAGGAGGAGGGUGCACGAAGGACUGAGGCUCAGAGGGCUCUGAGAGAGGCCAUGUCUCAGGUGUCAGAGCUGAAGGAGGAAGUGGAGAAUGAACGAGGGAUGAGAGAGAGGGCAGAGAAACAGAGGAGAGACCUGGGGGAGGAGCUGGAGGCCUUGAGGACAGAGCUGGAAGACACACUGGACACCACGGCGGCCCAGCAGGAACUCAGGUCUCGUAGAGAGGCAGAGCUGGGGGAGCUCCAGAGGUGUGUUGAGGGGGAGACGAGACGUCACGAGGCCCAGCUCUCAGAGCUCAGAGUCAAGCACUGCUCUGCCAUAGACAACCUGCAGGAACAACUGGACAACAGCAAGCGGGCCCGUCAGUCCCUAGAGAAGGCCAAGACUCUAUUAGAGGAUGAGAGGGUGAGCUUGGCCUCAGAGCUGAAGUCCCUGCAGGGGGUCCGCAUGGAGAGUGAGAGGGGCCGCAAGAGGGCAGAGGGCCAAGUCCAGGAGCUGACCGCACGCCUUGCACAGGCCGACAGAGAGAGAGAGGAGAGAGAGGAGCGACUGCACAAGCUACAGUCUGAGAUGGAGACCCUCUCUAGUUCUCUCUCCUCCUCUGACUCCAAAUCCCUCCAUCUCAACAAGGAGGUCAGCAGCCUGGAGAGCCAGCUCCACGACGCUCAGGAGCUACUUCAGGAUGAGACUCGUCAGAAGCUGGCUCUGGGCUCCAGGGUGAGAGCUCUGGAGGAGGAGAGGAAUGGACUGAUGGAGAGAGUGGAGGAGGAAGAGGAGAGAGCCAAGGAUCUCUCCAGACAAAUACAGACUCACACUCAGCAGCUGGCUGAGUUGCGGAGGCAGUCAGAGGAGGUGAAUGGGGCGGUGGAGGCAGGAGAGGAGACCCGCAGGAAACUGCAGAGAGACCUAGACCAGGCCGUCCAGAGAGAACGACAGAAGGAGGAGGAGAAAGAACGCGUGGAGCGACAGAGGGAGAGGCUGAGGGAGGAGAUAGAGGACAUGACCCUGGCCCUGCAGAGAGAGAGACAGAACUGCACCACCCUGGAGAAGAGGCAGAAGAAGUUUGACCAGUGCCUGUCAGAGGAGAAGGCGGUGAGUGCCCGGCUGGCUGAGGAGAGAGACAGGGCCGAGGCAGACAGUAGAGAGAAGGAGACACGCUCCCUGGCACUGGCACGAGCCCUGCAGGAGGCCCAAGAUCAGAGGGACGAGCUGGAGAGAUCUAACAAGCAGCUCCGCAUAGACAUGGAACAACUAGUCAAUCAACAGGAUGACGUGGGGAAGAAUGUGCAUGAGUUGGAGCGUUCCCGCCGGGCCCUGGAGACAGAGGCAGAGUCCCUGCGCACUCAGACCCAGGAGCUGGAGGAGGAGCUGGGGGAGGCGGAGAACUCCAGGCUGAGGCUCGAGGUCACCCUCCAAGCCCUCAGGGCCCAGUUUGAGAGAGAGAUCAGCACCAAAGAGGAGAAAGGAGAGGAGAAGAGGAGGUCUCUCAACAAACAGGUGAGGGAGUUGGAGACCCAGCUAGAGGAGGAGAGGAGUCAACGCUCUCAGGCCAUGUCCGUCAAGAAGCAGCUGGAGGGGGAGCUACAGGAGGCUGAGGCCCAGGUGGAGACAGCCAAUCGCGGCAGGGAGGAGGGGCUUAGGCAGCUACGGAGACUGCAGGUUCAGAUGAAGGAGGUGCUUCGUGAGCUGGAUGAGUCCAAGCUGGCCCGUGACGAGAUGGUCGUCCAAUCAAAAGACACAGAGAAGCGCCUGCAGACCUUGGAGGCGGAGUUACUGCAGCUUACAGAGGAUUUAUCAGUGUCUGAGAAGAUGAGGAGACAGGCCCAGCAGGAGAGAGAUGAGAUGGCUGAUGAGAUCAUCAACAGCUCUACCGGGAAGUCGGCUCUGUGUGAUGAGAAGCGGAGGUUGGAGGAGCGAGUCACUCAGCUGGAGGAGGAGUUGGAGGAGGAGCAAAGCAAUGCUGAACUAGUGGCCGAGAGACACAGGAAGACUACACUUCAGGUGGAGACUCUGACGGUGCAGCUGCAGGGAGAGAGGACCCUGGGCCAGAAGGCUGAGGGGGCCAGGGAGGCUCUGGAGAGGCAUAACAAGGAGCUGAAGCUGAAGCUGGGAGAGAUGGAGGGAGCUGUCAGGGGAAAACACAGGCUCAGUGUUGCCGCCCUGGAGGCCAAGAUGGACGGCAUGGAGGAGCAGCUGGAGCAGGAGAGACAAGAGCGAGCGACAGCCAACAAGCUGGUGAGGAAGACAGAGAAAAAACUGAAGGAGGUGUUGAUGCAGGCAGAGGACGAGAGGAGACAUGCAGACCAGUACAGAGAACAGUUGGAUAAGUCUAUGGGCCGGCUGAGGCAGCUGAAGAGGCAGCUCGAGGAGGUGGAGGAGGAUAACUCUCGUUCCAACGCCCAGAGACGUAAACUGCAGAGAGAGAUGGAGGAGCUGACUGACAGCUCCCAGAGCAUGACUCGCGAGAUCACCGCUCUACGCAGCCACCUCAGUCUGCCUCACACUCCACUCCAUCCACUCAGCAUCACCACAUCUGAACGGAAACCAGAGAAGCGUGCUCCGAUGCCCCUUGGGAUGCGCUCAGGUCGCAGGGCGUUGGUGGAUGAUCUGUCGUGUGAGAACUCUGACUCGGAGGAGCCCCCCCCCUCCCCGACUCCUUCUUCUGGUACUGGCCCCGGAACUGGCCCAGGCACCCCCACACCCCCCUCUGAAAACAACAGUCUGGGACCCCCCCCACCAUACAGCCUCAACGACACUGAGUAACACACACACAAACACACACGCAUACAUACAGAUACAUGCUCACACAGACGCAUAGGCCUGCAUACAUGUAUAUGUACACAUAGGCCUGCAUACAUGUAUAUGUACACAUAGGCCUGCAUACAUGUAUAUGUACACAUAGGCCUGCAUACAUGUAUAUGUACACAUAGGCCUGCAUACAUGUAUAUGUACACAUAGGCCUGCAUACAUGUAUAUGUACACAUAGGCCUGCAUACAUGUAUAUGUACACAUAGGCCUGCAUACAUGUAUAUGUACAUACAAAUACACCCUCACAUAGACUGACCUACUGAUCCUGCACUUCUUUAAACCCUUUCCUCUGCAGUCCAAACUAGAACAGAGAGCAUACACUCUCUCUCUCUCUCUCUCUCUCUCUCUCUCUCUCUCUCUCUCUCUCUUUCUCUCUUGCUCUCACAAUUUAAGGGUGGAAGAGGAUUUGUUGAUGAUUCGUGAGCAAGAAUAUGGACUGUAAUCUCACUGGGGGAAGCUUCAUCUCCCAGACAUCUGAGGGAAAGUGAAUUAUAUCAGCUUAGCCAUGUUCUAUUGUUAUGAUACUGUAUUAUGCUUCAAAUGGCAGAAGUAAGAUGGCUACUGGCCACUAUCAAUGUAAGGCCAUGUUUAACCCUUUGAGGAACUCUGACAAUAUUCCACCUGUGUUUAGCGUUCUAGUUGAGGACAUCGCAAAGGGCUGCUAAAUGUUCUAGAAUGCUGUAGAAUCCUGGAAUAAAACACUCCGAAUAAUGUUCCACUCCUCAAAGGGUUAAUGACAAUCUGCAUGUUUGGGAAGACAUUUUGCAAGACUAGAGAAACACACACAUGUACACGCACACACACACACACAGGGGACUGAUUCAUGUUUCUAUGUAUGUCGUCCCUCUGUCAGUGUGUGUCCUGGAAAAGGUAAUCGCUCAUUGACUGCUAGUGUGAAAGACAGCUGAUAUGCUCUUCUGUCUUUUAACAAGCCUGGGAGAAGCUCCCAUGAGUUGUUCAUCUUUCUCUUUCUCACUUGAAUUUCAAUUUAAGGCCAAGUUAUUAUUUUAAAAAUGAUUUUAGAAAACAAACAAUGUCUGUGAAGUAUUUUAGGAUAUAUUACUCAUUUGUUUGUAGUUUGAAUUAGGUCAUUUAUGGGGGAAAUAUCAAUCAGGGAAGAGGGUUAAUAAGUGAGAGAGAAAAAAUGAAAAAUGAUAAUCAACCUUGCUGUUGUAUGCACAAUGAAGAAUGAAGCCAACGCCAAGUUUCUAUAGAAAAAGACUGAUGCUAUUUCACUCCAUCAUCACACAUACUGGUGGAACUGGCGAGGGCAUAAACACCGGCAUCAUCGUAGACCUUAUCAAUCCAUCUUAUGAUUGUCAUGAGAUGAUGAAAUGUUGCUAUCUUUUGUCAUGAGAAGCGAUGACAACCAAACAUGUUGUUGCAGUUGCAUCAAACACUAUUGCAAAACAAACCAUGCAGUCUGUCUUCGGUCCUGUGCUCUGAUCUGGGUUAUCUAGACAUUCAUUGACCUUUUUGGAUUGAGACAGAUAGGUAGUUACUGUAGUUAGGCCAAUGGAUUGCAUAGGUAGAUAGAUACAGUAGGUAGAUAUACAGUAGGUAGAUAGUUUCUUUAAGUCUUUAACAUAUCACUUCUUAUAAAUACAGGCAGUUGAAUCUAUGUCAUUUAUAUCAGUCUGAAUAUGAGCAAAAUCCUCCAUUAUUUAUUGCCGCUGGUUGUUUUCUGUAUUGUUUCCAGUCUGUUCAGACAUAUCAUUGGUCGAUGACAUACUGGUAUGGUAUCACUGGCACUGAUGGAAAGGAAGGCAGGGCCUCACACACUGCAACCAUGGCAAUAGAGAGAGGUUAAAAACAGAAUCACAAUUACUAGGUCGAUUGUGGUUAACAACAUCUGUCUAUCUAUGUAGACUUGUGUUGUUGAAUAAUUCCUGGAUGGGGUAUUGGUUGUUCUAUUUGACAGUGUAUCAGGAUGUUAGGGAAGUUUGUAGGUCUUGGUUAGUAGGGAAUGCACUGGAAAUAUAUUGGACAGAGAGAUGACAGACAUUUAAGACAAUAACCAACACUACAUCAGAACUCACCUGUGGAGCAGGACACUGGAAUCUCUUACACAGAACAGGAACAUGUGAAAAUUGAGGACGUAAUGUUGGCGUUUUGAGACUGCUAGUCAUUCUCAACAUAUCAUAAGCAUCCAUAUCUUUUGUGUUUAUCAAACAGACAUAUUGUACAUUGUAAUAUUGUUGUUGUUUUUUUCAUUCAUUGUGUAAUAUAUUUAUGGAACAAAGCUUUUGUGUUUAACCAAAUGGUGGGCGUAUGGAUGAGAAAAGGGAAUUAUUGUAUACGUAGUAGAAUAGAAUAGAUCCAAGUAGAGUAGUAGGGCGGAGACGAGUGUUGGGGGAAUUUCCACUGUAAUCCAUAGAACUACCUUCUGGAAUACCAGACCAAAGUGGAGGACUUUUUCCAGCAACUUCCGUUGAGUUCAUUGUCUUCAGAUCUGUCCUAUGAAGCACCAAGAAAACCCUGUUUCUACCCGGAAUUUCUGUAUAGAUCAUUCUAGAACAGUAACGCUCUAGGCUUCCCUCCCCUUAUAUCAUAAUAGUGUUUUUGCGGAGGUCAUAAGGGGUCGAAUCUUCCAAAAUGUUGUCUUUUGAUUAAGUGACAGACAGGGAGAUUUCUAGCCAAUUAGAAGAUAGAGUUUUAGAGGAUACAUGCCCCGCCCCCUUUAAUCUCCAACAACAUUCACCAUUCAUUCAAGUUUAACAAGUGCAACACCUUUUUGUUAGUGUAUAUUGUUUAUAUUUGAACUCCUCUCAGCCCCAGAACCUCUCUGCCUGACAUGGCAGAAGUCUGUACAGAGAAUAAAUAUCCUGUCCACAUACUGUUCUUACAGGCACACGACACCUUGACAUAGGGACGUUUCGCUGCUCAGUCUAGUUAAACACUACGUAUUUGCAUGGCGGUGCAUUCCAUUGAUUAUAGCAUUGGCCGCAUAGUCUCCCGGUUGUCUGCUCUUGUACAAGGAAGAGUAUUUAUCUCCCUCCACAUAAGACUAGGACAUUCCCCUUGAAACGCAUGCAGGGUUGAACUAAAAGGUUGUUUAAAGAGCAUUUAUCAGAGCAAAGUUACAGUUCCCCAUCAUUAUCUCAUGUCAAGCUUGACACAGUGGAGAGCAAACCAAGAUCCAUUUGGAUCCUUUUCAUGGCAGUACUAUAGAAACAGUCAGAUCUUCAGAACUAGCAGCCUAAUGAGGACAUGGGAUCUUUGAAUUAACAAUGAGUUCUAUUAGUAUUUGAUUACAGAAAAAAUGACGACAUGAAUUUGGUCUUUUUUUUUCUUCCUCUUCGUGUGAUUUAUUUGGCAAAAUGUAAUUGUUUUUUUGUAAGUUACUGUAAAUGCUGCACUUUACAUAUGCACCAAUAGAGGGCAGACUCCGGCAGUAUCAGUGGCUGGUUCACAGUCAGUCCCAUCUCUCUGGAGAUGAUGCAGAUUUUAUAUGUAAAUCUAACUGAUUUGUCAAAGAUCUGAGCAGAUGUUUUAAAUGUUAUUUGGAUGCAAACUGUCACUUUAAAGUUGUGAAAAUUAAGAUCACUACAUUUUAAACUAUCUAGAUUUGGUCUUCAGGGGAAGUAGUAGGAAGGUUUGUUUGAGGUGAAAGGUUAAAGGUUGAAGGCUGACCCCUGGAAUGUGAUCAGAGAACUGAAGUGUCUGUGCCUCUGUAGAGACCGGUGCUUUUUCAAAAGUGUUAUAAUUUUGUUGAUUUUCUUUCUUUUAUGGCUUCUGUGGAAAUUGAACAUUUUGGAAAUGUGUUUAUUAUCAAUUUUUUGUUUGAUGCUGUAAUUAUAAAACAUAUCUGACUGGGGUGAACUUUAAUAUAUGUUGUUGGUUUUGA